AUGUUCGAGUGGAGAGGUCUACUGUGGGAGAUAUUUGGCAGCGACAAUAGAUUCCGACCGCGUGAAGCUCCACGCACAUUGAAGGGUCACGAGACAGAUUCUUCGACGUCUUCUGUCAGCGAAGAAGAAGUGGUAGAAGCGGCAGAGUCGGUCGACGAAAAGCCGAAUCCAGAGACUCCGAUUCGAAAUCGUCCAACAGGCAUAGUCAUGCUUCCCAAACGCAUUGUCAUAAAUCUCGUCUCGCCACCAGUAACGCCGACUGCACGGAGAACAGCUACACCUUCGGCGCCUCGCCGACGAGGUCGUCCAACGAAGCGGGUCACAUCUUCGAAACGGGUUGAUACUAGGAAGCAGCCUGCUGCACGCAAGCCUUUGACGCCCACGACGAAGACGGCCCGGACCAAGGAGAGGAGACAUCGUGCGUAUCUGAGGAAGAGGGAUGCUGAUGCGCAGAAGGAGAAGAUUCUUGGAUGUUCGAGUACCUAUUGGAGAGUCUUGAGGAGUGGGCCUAGCUAUAGGAGUUUUGGUGGCACGAGAGCGCGGUGA